GACGUUCCGGGGAGAGAAGUGGCCGGGGAGAGAAGGCCUCGAGGCGUCGCCCUGGGGCUUCUUCCCCAGGGCUGCCCCGGGCUGUGGGGAGCCAUGGGACGGGCUCUGCAGAGCUCUGGGACGGGCUGUGGAGAGGAGUGUUUCCAUGUUACAGACGGAGAACACCACGGAGUGAAUUCACCCCUGUUUGGAUUUGCAAGUUAAUUGUGAUGCAACAGAGACGUUUCCACACGCGGGAGCUACUUCCAUGUGGGCUUCCUGCUGUGGAUUGCUGAAUGAAGUCAUGGGGACGGGAGCAGUGCGUGGCCAGCAGGCUGGAUUUGGGGGAGGUGCUGGCCCAUUCAGGUUUACACCAAGUACAGACUUCUCAGCAUAUCCAGCUCCAGCUGCAGCCAGCACUAACAUUGUCUGCAAAGCCUGUGGACUUUCCUUCUCAGUUUUUAGGAAAAAACACAUGUGCUGUGACUGCAAGAAGGAUUUUUGCUCCGUUUGUUCAGUCUCACAAGAGAACCUCCGGAGAUGUUCCACCUGUCACUUGCUGCAAGAAACAGCCUUCCAGCGACCUCAGCUAAUGAGAUUGAAAGUGAAGGAUCUGCGUCAGUACCUGAUUCUCAGGAACAUCCCAACAGACACCUGCAGGGAGAAGGAAGACCUGGUGGAUCUGGUGCUGUGCCACCACGGAUUGGGGUCGGAGCAGGACAUGGACGCUGGCAGGUUGCGCUCGUCACGCUCACAGACCUCGGGGUUUUUUACUCAUCCCUUUUCCAUGUCUGUAUCCAUGUCCAAUCCAGGAGAACUUGCAAACAGAAGGGGAAGCACAGGAAGUGGAACACCUUCACGGGGCCAAACGGAAACAUCUGUAAAUAAUGAAGAAGAAGAAAGUGCAGAAGAGCAGACCCCUGGACUGUCCAGGAAGCGAGCGAGGGCGUCGCUGUCCGACAUUUCAAGCCUGGAAGACAUCGAAGGGUUGAGUGUUCGGCAGCUGAAGGAAAUACUGGCCUGUAACUUUGUCAACUACUCAGGAUGCUGUGAGAAAUGGGAACUUGUGGAAAAAGUCAGCAGACUGUACAGAGAGAGCGAGGAAAACCACAAGACACAGGGUGAGAAGAUGCAGCUGAACGAGGACGACGACAACCUGUGCCGGAUCUGCAUGGACGCGGUGAUCGACUGCGUGCUGCUGGAGUGCGGCCACAUGGUCACCUGCACCAAGUGCGGGAAGCGCAUGAGCGAGUGCCCCAUCUGCCGCCAGUACGUCGUGCGCGCCGUGCAUGUCUUCAAGUCCUAAGCCAGCCCCGGCGCCCCGUGGGCAGCAGCGCCGAGCCCCUGCAGCCCUCAGCUCCUUAGUUCUCAGUUGAACAUGGCCAUUUGAGCACCGGGUUCUGGAGUUUGUGAAAGUUUUUUCUACCCCCCUCCUGCAGGGCAGGGCUGGGCAGGCCGAGGCCAGGCCUGUGUGCAGGGCUGGCGCUGCCCCGCUGACCCCAUCACCCUGUUGUUGACUGUUGGAGUCAAAACUGUUUACAGCAGUUCUUGCUCUCUUCUGAAGAAUCUCCUUACGUGUUCAGCACUCGGCAAGUGGUCAGCAAACACCUCUGCUUGAGCCUGUGAUAGCCUGUGGUGUUCUUAGUGCAUUAGAAGCAAUGAAUAUAUCAGUUGAAUAUUCAGCUUUUCUCUAACUCUAGAAUGUACCUGUCCCGACACGGUGCCGGGGUCGGGCAUGGCUGUAGGAAGCACUGCCAUGAACUGUACCUGCACAGAAGCCCUUAAGCAAUCUGGCUUUGUGCUGAUUGCUCCUUCUGAAUGUCUGUCAUGACACAAUGUGCUGUCUUGGCUGUUCUCUGUCAAUGUACAAAACACUCCGUCACUUUGCAGGGCUCAGGGGCUGCACAGGGCUCUGCCAGGUGGGCUCCAAAAACCAGUUACUGGGUGGUUUUGGGUUUAGGAGGAAAAUAUAUUUUUUAAAAGGGGUAUUCUAGCAAACCAUAUUAGUGUGGUCCUUAAUCCGCUCAUGCCUGUUGUAACUGUUACUCUGUGAUGAUUGUAUUCCAUGUGCCGACAGCCUGUUACUGUGAACACUGAUCAGGGUCACCACCUCCUGCUGCUAACGUGGAAUGUGUGGCAUUACUAACCUUAACUGGGGAGGGGGCUGUUGGGAGCAGGGAAAGGAAACAGGUUUUGUUUAAAAACCUCCCGUUCAGAGACUUUCACCCAUGGCUGAGUCACCAAAACCAGCUUCCCAGGGGCUGCUGGGGGCCCUGUGUUGCUGCCAGCCCUUGGCCCAGGGCUGAGCUGGGCUUUGUACCAUCAGCACAGGUACAGGUCCUCUUGGAGCAGGAAUUGUGGUGGUCCUUGUAGGAUAUCUGUGAGUGAUGACCUGGGGAAGAGAGGGGCAAGGGUAGCUCUUCUUGGGGAUCUGUGGCCCAGCUUGGCCAUGACAGACUGGUUAAGUUCUCUGUAAAAAAAGAGGUGAAGAAGGACCCUGUCUCUUCAGUACAGUUAUUCUUUAAAUUGAUUAACAUAGGAACAGUUUCUGUUUUGAUUUGCCAUGUGCCAGCAAAGUACCAGAGUCAGGGCUGGGCUUUGCUAGAACUGUAGGACCUGAGGACUUGUCCCUCUGCUGCACUGGCACUGGCUCUGCUUUUUGUGAACAGUUAAGUUGGCGUGAAAGAGAGAAAGUUGCUCCUUCUCACACCAAACACAGCUCCAAACUCUGCUGGGUAUUUUUCAGAAGGGAGCAAACCUCUCAAUGGCUUUAUUUUUUAGAAGUAACUUUUUAAUGGUACUUAAUUCCUGGAGUCUGUCCAGCAGGGGGGCUAAUGAAGACAGACAUGCCCUCGGUGUUAUUUCCAUGCUGCUCAUUAGCCACUCAAGCUUAAUAAAGAUUGGUGAUGGGCUCCACCA